AUGUCGACCUCACCGCCCUCCUCAAAUUCCUUUACAGACACCUCCUCUGCUUCGGCUUCCAACUCUGUCCUUGAUCUUCCCGCUGGAGCAACCGAUCGUGUUACUCCCCCUACAUCCUCAAAUGAGCCCAAAGCUUCAUUUGCUCCUCCUCGAUUUGAGCAAUCUCUCGAGACCGCGUCUUGCAAGGUUGCCUCUGUCCCAUUUGCACCGGACGCAUCAAACAAUCAAGCCACGUCUGUCGACACUUCUGGAUUUUCUCAAAAGCAACACCUAGAUGCGAGCUCUCUCAUGCAGCAUUUUAUGAAACCCUCCUCAUCGCUUCCAUCACCCUCAUCUAAUCACAACACCAACGGGACAAAAGAGUCCAUGCAAGGCCCCUUGGCCGACAAACCAAACACCCCCCGGCCCGCCAUUCACAACAAAGUGCUCCAGCUGCCGCCAUCGCCGCCCAGCUCGGUUAGCAGUGCUACAGGCAGCAAACUCGGACAUCCUUCGUCUGGCCUUGACUCGCCUAUUAUUAGCACACCCCCGUCCCACGAUGUACCCCCUACUUCUACACACCAUACUUCUGCAACUCCACCCAAAGUAUCUGCCCAAGCCGCUGCUUCUGCCGCGCCUUCCUCUUCGGUCAAGACGCCUUUCGACUUUGUCAGCCCAUUUGAUCUGCUUUCAACGCCCCAUGACCAUUUCACACCGCAGCCAGCUCCGGCCCAGGUACACCCAGCUUCUUCACUCUCGACCAAACAACAGCUCACGGAUAGUGAUGGCGCUGUAAACACAGCUAUCGUCAGCCUGUAUCAAAAGCUCUCGGCAUUUGCAGCAUCUAAGGCGUUGCCCGCCGACACCAACUUUUCGGCAAUUGUCGCCAAUCUUGCCCCUCUUCUGACGGCCUCCCAAUCCCAACCCCAGGCCUCUGCACAGCCUGAAGCGAGCCAGGCAACCUCGCCCACGCCUCCAACAUCCCGCAAGCUUUCAUCACCCUCAGAUAUGCUCGAGGCCUCCGACAAACAAUUCCACGCCUCACGCCACGCUGCAAUGCUCGAGCAAGAUCAAGCUUUCGAUGAUCCAACGUUCUCCGGUCUCUCUGUUCUGUUGCCUUCCCGCUCGUCCAGCGCCCCCAUCAUCGUUACUCUCGAUCUGGCCGCCAAGCAGCCGGGUGGCCUUUUGAGUUUGAGACACGCCAAGAUCGAGACUGUGGGCAUCGCGCUCCUCCCAUCGCCCUUACGAUUCCCAUCCAGUAUCUCUACUGCCGGUCUUCUUCCAGCUUGUCGCGUGGCCAACUUGACCCACAACGCGGUCUGCUAUAUCAUGUCUAAAGGCAUCAGGAUCGUUGAUGCCAGCACAGGAGUUAGGCAGCUGCUCCGAGCCCCUAACAAAGCCGCGAUCAGGUCGAUUGCCGCUUUUCAGCCCACCGAGAGCGACAGCCUCUUCCUGUUGGCAGCGCUCGUGGAAAGGUCCAAAGAUGACUCGAGCGAUAGCGUCGUCUUCUGGAAGCUAUCCCCCUCCUUUGUUCUGCAUAGCGACGAGACCUCGGAACCUACUUUGCUCGGUUGCAUAACUGCCGAUGCGCCCGAUAGUCCCUUUGAUCACUGCAUCACCUCCAUUGCCUGGCAUCCUCACCAACCAAAGCUGGCGAUCUCUACCAGCGACAACAACGUCAUUGUAUUCGACGUCGCAGGUCGCUUCCUCAACCAUAUUGAUGCAACCUCGUCUUCUAGCGACGUGAGAUCGUGCCCCUUGUCAGCGAUGGACCCGUACACUAAUCGUGUUGCAAAUAAUGGGCCUCUGGCUGCCUUCGCCUUCUCGCCAGACGGUUCAAUGCUGGCUACUGUCUCAGCGCCGCUCCAAGCGGGCUCGUCGUGCACUUUGCGCUUCAAAUCGAUCGAUGGUAGCACUUCCGCCACCGGAGAUCUCGCCUUCUCCAUCGAAUUGCCUCGGCAGGAGCCUCUGGUUAUAAGUCAUCUCUCUUUCAUCAACGGUAUCAGCAACAAAAGCAAGAGCAAAUCCCGCGACAGCGAUGCCCUCGCCAUUCGAGCUGUUCUUAUCGGCUUUCAAAACAACAAGCUUCUUGGUCUCUACGAUCUCUCAUCCGGCUCAUUCAAGCAUCUAUGGCAAUUCCAGGCUCCUCCGCAGGCUUCUGCUGCGGACAAGGACCACUUCAAUCUUGUCCUCUUCGAUUCACAAGCCAGUACGCUCUUGGUUUGUAACAGCUUCCGUUCGUCCAUCUUCGCUAUCUCACUAGACUUCCAGCCGCUCCCAGCAGGUCUCGAACAACGUCUGCUACCCUGGAGCGUUCAGCUCUCUUACCCCAUCAAGGAAUACGCCUUACAGGAGCCAUGUACGUCAGCUACAAUCAGUCUGGGAAGCAUGGAGACCAACAAAGCAUCAAGGCUCUUUGUUGCGUCCACAGAACGCAUCAGCAUCGUUAAGCUUCCCAAACCCCAAGAUCUUGCACCGAAACCCGAGGCUACAGCUGCGACGGAGGCCGCACUGGCCGCUCUCGAAUCAUCGCUGGAAGCUUCUGCUGUGGAGCCACAGGCGGCCCCCAGCAAGUCGAACAAGAAGAAAAACAAGAAAAAGAAGAAAGCAUCUGCCGCUAAGCUAGCGACAGGCGAGACAGCUGCCGACAAGCCACAAGACUCAGAAGAGCCACUUUCAGAGCAUGGCAAACCUGCUGCAAGUAUUAUCGCUGUCAAGCCAGCUUCCGCUUCGACUUCGGAGAGUCAACGAAGUCAAUCUGAGGCUUUAGUCUCCACGCCGAAGCAAACGCCUCCGGCAGCCACAAGCUCGAUUGCUUCCAAUGUUCAGCCAACGCCAAUUCCUACUCAUGUGCAAUCUACGAACGGUGUCACGCUUGCAGCUGACACACUCACCGAUGCUCUCUGCAAGACCAUCACCUUAGCUGUUCACGAUGCAGUCUCAGCCGAAGUCACUUUGGACCUUCAGAAUUCUGUCGAGUUGGCACUGGCAGAUGAAAUGGAGCGUCUCAUGAGCUCGACUGAACUCAAAGACGAGCUCACUCGUUACAUUACACAAUGUAUCCUUCCUGCUGUGCAGCGCACCGCUAUGGAGGUGAUGGGCCGCGUGCUUGCACCUGACUUCGAAGAUGUGAUGAUGCAGGUCGUCGAUCGAGUCGAGCGUGCCAUCGUCUCGGAGAUGACCAACGUCAGGAAAUCGCUCAUUGCGGAACAAACAGCGUCGUUCAAUGAGACGGAGAAGGUGGUCAAGACGAUCCAGACACAGGUGGGCAACGUGCUCGAGCAGCUAGCGCAUAUGCGAGCACAGCCAGCAAACAAGACCCCUGCUGCCGCAGACAAUGAUGCUUCUCGUAUAAUCGUCCAAGCGAACCCAACAGCUGGAAUCAUCACGGCUGAUGAGCUUUCCGAAGUGCAAGACAAACCCUCUGGCCUGUCUCGGAGCGUCAAUGAAACCGCCUCUGCCCAAAUUGCACACAAUGCUAAAGCCAUGAGCGAGACGCGCAAAGACACAGACCGCGCAUCCGCUCAGCUACCUACCAAGUGUCAGCUGCCUGAACGUGUCGCUGUGAUUGGUGCUGGUCCUGUCGGAUGUCUGGCUGCACUUGCGUUUGCUCAGCGUGGCUGCAAGGUCGACAUUUUCGAAUCGCGACCUGACCCACGCACCCACGAAGCCAUCACACGUGCCUCACAGCGCAGUAUCAACCUCGCGCUUUCGACUCGCGGCAUCACGGGCCUGCGCAGUGUCAGCCUCGCUGGACUUGGCGUCGGCACCAACGCUCCCAACGGCAUGGACCUCGCCGAUCUUGUGCUACAGAACUCUGUUCCCAUGAGGGCUAGGAUGAUCCAUGUGGUGACCAGGCAGGCGAGCGCUACCCAGGCGGCAGAGGUCAAAGAAAUUAGCCAAUUGUACAGCACUAAGGGCGAGAGCAUCAACUCGGUGGACCGAGGCAGGUUGAACAACAUCUUGCUCGAACAUGCCUUGAUGCACCGCAAUGUCGAGGUGCACUUCGAACACAAGUUGCAGAGCGUUGACUUUGAUCAUGACAUAAAGUCAGCAGCUAAGCGAGCUGGAACGCCGCCUCCUGCCAUUGAUGCGUCUGCCAACAAGUGGCUUCGAGGUGCAAACGUGACUGGCGGAGAUUCUUGCGCUGACGAGCCGUCUGGUUGUGGCGGGAGGAAGCAAGCUACGACGAAAUCGCAAGGUAGUGAGUACGUAGCGCCAGCUGGUACCUCGGCGGUGGACCGCGUGCGACUCGACUUCGACGUGCACAGCACCAACCAGCACAUUCGCAAGACGUCUAACACGCACUACGCCUCCUUUGUGGUCGGCUGCGACGGAGCGCACUCUUCAAUCCGCUCGGCCAUGGGCAGCCUGAUCCGCAUGCACUACACGCACAACUACAUCGACACUGGCUACAUUGAGCUUUCGAUCCCGCCUCGCACGUCGCUGGGCUCAGGCUCCCGCAUUCGCGGAUCGGGAGGCGUCGAUGGCAAGCGUGGCGGACACGACGCCUUCCACCUUGACGCUAACCACCUUCACAUCUGGCCGCGACACUCGUUCAUGCUGAUCGCACUUCCAAACUUGGACGGCAGCUUCACGUGCACACUGUUUGCACCGUUCAAGAUGUUUGCUUCUGAGCUUUCUACCAAGGAGGGCAUCGUGGCGGUAUUCCAACAACACUUCCCGGACGCGCUUGCGCUGAUCGACGAGGAAAAGCUGGUGAAAUGUCUGACCACUCGGCGAGCGAGUGCAUUGGGAAGCGUGCAAUGCGAUCCGUACCACUACAAGGACCGAGCGGUGCUCAUCGGCGAUGCGGCACAUGCCAUGCUGCCGUUCUACGGUCAGGGACUCAACUGUGGAUUCGAAGACGUGCGCGUCAUGUUUGACAUUAUCGACCAGCACGAAUCGCUCCAAGUCGCGCUUGAUCUGUAUACCAAGGAGCGUCAUCCUGAUUUGGUGGCCAUCUUGCAACUGGCUGAACAGAACUACCGCGAAAUGGCGCAUUCAGUCGUGUCGUGGCCCUACCUUUUGCGCAAGAAGCUCGAUGGACUGCUCAUGUCCAUCUUACCGUCCAGCAUGUGGUCGAGUCUGUACGCCAUGACCACGUUUAGUAACCUGCCCUACUCGCGCGUCGUUAAGACCGAGAAGCGUCAGCAGGCGAUCAUCGGCCAUGCGCUCGUGGCCACUGCGGUAGCGUUUGUGUCCGCCGCUGCCGUCGGCGUCUACUCCACCAGAGCGCUUUGGCAGCCGGUCACCGUUCGCUGCAUCGCGCGUCUGCACAAUUCGUAA